CUAAAUGACGGUUGAGUCGGAAGUUUGAGCGCUGCGCAUUCGCUUUGAAUAACCGGCCAGAAAAGUGACCAACGAACAAAGAACAAUCAACAACAGAUAAUGUUUUUCCCAUUUUAUUAGAUCUUUUACCUGAUUUUUCUCGAAAGGUGGAAGACAAUGCUGAACACAAGCAUGGACAGACGUUUUUCUACCCCAAAGACCCAGAACGGCCGGAUUGUGCACAGGACGAACACAGCGGACCGCAACAGAGUAAAAAACAUGAAGCGUCAAGUGGAUGAUUUGGAGGAGGAAAUCGAGAGUUUACAGAGAGAACGAGAUGAGGUGUCUUCUAAGUUUAAAGACGAGAAGAUUAAGUCAAACAAUCUAGCCAAACGAAUUGCUAGUCUUGAAGAGGACACCGACAAGCUGAAAUCUGAGGUAGCUGAUGAAAGGAACAACAAUAAAGUUCUGCUGCUAGAUCUGACAAAGAAAAGUCGGGAAUUGGUUAAGCUCAAAAGUGAAUACCAAACACAAAUUCUUCAGCACGAAGAAUUGACUUCAAAUUACGACCAAUUAAAACAGGAGAAAUGUCAGAUUUUUAAUAAGUUUUCAUCAGCUGAAUCUAUGUGUCGAGAGUACAAAAACCAGUUGGAGGGUUUGAAAGCUACGAAGGAAGCACUGGAAAAUACAAUCAAAAGUUACCAAACAGAGGUGGUUCAACUGAAAACUGACUUGGAAGAAGUGCAGGAGAUUUUGAGAUCGAAAUCCAAACCCUCCCUGGACACGUCAAUGUCGCUAAGUAACUACAGUAGCUCUGGUGAAAACAUGGCUGUUGAAGUCAUUGAGCUCCAGUUGAGUGAAAAGGACGACGAAAUCAAAAUGUUGAGUGAAGAGCUGGUUGGGUUGAAGGAGAAGCUCCAGGAGCUCGACAACAUAAUCAUCCAGAAAGAUGACAUCAUCAACAGCGAAAAAGAAAAGAACCAUCUACUAGAAAGUGACAAAACUCGGCUGGAAGAAAUAUUGGCGGCGUGCAAGGGCCAACUUGACACUUCACAGCAAGAGAAUUUGGACAUGCAGGUGAAGGUGGAUGUACUAAGCCAAGGUCAAGCAGUUCUUCAGGCUCAAUUAGAAGAACGCAUUGAAGAGAUAGCCAGGCAAAGGUCUGAGCUGGAGACAUUGGAGGCAGAAAUUAGAGACACCCGCAUAUCCCUGGAGAAUGCUCAUGAGCACGAGUCCCAGCUUCAGGAUCAUCUUGAGGAAGUGAAGUUGCAACUUGGUGAACGCAAUUUGGAAAUGGCCGAGUCUAUGAAAGAGCUCGGAGAAAAAACGCGCAGCCUUGAGACUGUGAAAAACAGUCUGGUAAUCUGCGAGGAAAGGAUUAAUGAGUUGCUGGAGAAUCAAAACCAAUUGCAACUAGAAGUAGUGCAGAAAGAUGCCACUAUAGUGGAGAUCCAGACCGAGUGCAACUCGCUGAGGGAGUCUGUCAUUAAAAUGGAGGUUGACUUGGCAGCAACAAAUAGCGUUCUCAGCAGCAAGCAACAGGAUCUUGACCAGCAGCAACAACUACUGCAAGAAACAACUGUCGCUUUGAACCAUUACAAGUCCGACAUGGAGGCAGCAAAAGAAGAAUUAGCCCAUACCAUGGCUGAUCUGGAGCUGCAGAAGUCUGAACACAUCACUUUGCUUUGUGAAUAUAAUGAGAAGAAAGAUGAGCUGAAAGAGACGGUCUCAAGAUUUGAGGCUGUUGCCUUAGAGAAAGACUCUUUGGAGAAUGUGUCGGCAAACUUGAAUAAACGUAUAGAAGAACUUGAGUGGGAACUCCAGGAAAACAGGGCCACAAUGGGCGUGCAGCUGAUAGAUCUAGAGAGUAAAAGGGCUGCGCUUGAGGAGCUCGUGCAACAACUUGAACAGUCAUUAGAGAGCACCCGCCAAGAACUUUCGUCCAUGCAACAAACUCUUACUUCAACCUGUGAGGACAGAGAUAUGCUUUCUGAGCAAUUGGCUGAGUCUCAGCAACUCGCCUCUGCAAGCAAAUCUGAGGUUUGUGGCCUUCAAGCUAAAAUCGAAGAGGACCAGGAUGCGCUCAAACUUGCAGCCAGUCAACUAAUAAAAGCAGAACAGGACAUUGCUAGUCUCAAGAAUAAGCUUGAGCUCGUCGAAACAGAAUUUUCCAAGAGCAGGCUUGAUUACUCGAACAGUCUGGAAGAAAAAGAUCAGAGCCUUUCGGAAAUGUCUAUAAAACUAUCAGCCACCUCUGCCUCCCUCACUAAGCUGACCACUUUGCUGGCAAAUAAGGAAAAAGAAAUGGUGGAGUGCUUAGAAAGCCUUCACCAAGAGGGUGUCCAGCUUGAGGAUAGCCGCGCUCAGGUGGAAACCUUGAAUCUAGAACUCCAAGCGGCUCAAUUAGGUCGCUGUGACUCUGAGCGGCAGUUAAAGGAUGCUGAAAAAAGGGAAGAAGAGGCGAACAAAACUCUAGCUGACAAGGACGAUUACAUCGGUCAAAUGGAGGAACGCCUAAUUCAAAGCCAUGCACAGAUAGAAGCGUCAAAGGAGGAAGUUGAAAAACUGUCUUCAUUGCUGAGUGAGAAAUCUUGUUCCCUGGAAGAGGCCCAUCAGAAUAUCAUCACACUAGAGACUUCUGUAAAGGAGAGUGAAAAGAAGAGAGAAAUUCUGCAGGGCCAGUUUGGUGAAGCUAAUUCUAAGCUUGAGGAGCUGACAAAGAACAUUUCUGAAAAGCAAACAGAUCUUGAUCAGAUGGAGCAACAGUUUGAAAAGAACAAACGGAUCAAAAGAAGUCUAGAGCAAUCCAUCAAAGAAAAAGAUGUUAAACUGUGCCGACUCUCGACUGAUCUUCUCAAUAUUAAAGAAAGUGUAGCAAGUCUUUCUCAAGAGCUUGCUGAUACUACUCAAGCUUUGAGCAUCAAGAAAGGAGAAGUGGAAAAGGCCAAUGAAGAGAUUUCCCUGCUAAAUAACACUGCUGCUGAAAAAGAAUCGAAGCUUCAAGAACUGACGGUACAGCUGGCCGCAGAAUCAGAUGAGAAAAAAUCCCUUGAAUUGAAGGUCCAAACCAUACAUGCUGAGCAGGCGGAUGAACAAGUUAGUCACCAGCAAACCGUGGAAGAGAAGGAUGCUGAACUGAGUCAACUGUCUACUGAUCUUCUCAAUAUUAAAGAUAGUGUGGCAAGCCUGUCUCAAGAGCUCGCCCAGACUGUCCAAGCUUUGAACAUAAAAAAAGUUGAAAAUGAAAAGGCUAAUGAUGAGAUUUCCCUGCUAAACAAAACUGUCGCUGAAAACGAAUCAAAGUUGCAAGAACUGACGGUACAGCUGGCCGCAGAAUUAGAUGAGAAAAAAUCCCUUGAAAUGAAGGUCCAAACCAUCCUUGCUGAGCAGGCGGAUGAGCAAGUUAGUCACCAGCAAACCAUGGAAGAGAAGGAUGCUAAACUGAGCCAACUGUCUACUGAUCUUCUCAAAAUUAAAGACAGUGUAGCAAACCUGUCUCAAGAGCUCGCUCAGACUGUCCAAGCUUUGGACAUCAAGAAAAGAGAAGUGGAAAAGGCCAAUGAAGAGAUAUCCCUGCUAAAUAACACCGCUGCUGAAAGCGAAUCGAAGCUCCAAGAACUGACGGUACAGCUGGCCGCAGAAUCAGAUGAGAAAAAAUCCCUAGAAUUGAAGGUCCAAACCAUCCUUGCUGAGCAGGCGGAUAAACAAGUUAGUCACGAGAAAACCAUGGAAGAGAAGGAUGCUGAACUGAGCCAACUGUCUACUGAUCUUCUCAAUAUUAAAGAUAGUGUGGCAAGCCUUUCUCAAGAGCUUGCUGAUACUACCCAAGCUUUGGACAUCAAGAAAAGAGAAGUGGAAAAGGCCAAUGAAGUGAUAUCCCUGCUAAAUAACGCCGCUGCUGAAAACGAAUCAAGGUUGCAAGAACUGACCCAAAAGCUGGUCUUGGAACUGGAUGAGAAAAGAACUCUUGAAGUGCAGGUCCAAACCAUCACUGCUGAGCAGAUAGAUAGACAAGUUUGCCAUGAGAAAUCAAUUGAAAAGAUCUAUGAGUUAGAGACCCAACUGGAAGAAAAAGCUGCAGAGUUAGAAAAAUGUGUGGGUGCAAAGGAAGAAGUGAUGAAUUCCCUCUCCAAUAUGGACCUUCUUGUAAACAAACUCGAACUUGAGUUGAACCAAAGCUCGGUCGCAACAAAGGCUUUGAAGAAUGAACUGGAAGGCAAAGAAAACUUGCUUGGCGAAAAAUCCAAAUCACUGGAAGAUGCUCUCCAGAAAAUCAAUAACCUAGAAACUUCAGUUCAGGAGAACGAAAGAAUUCAACAAUCUCUACAAAUCCGGUGUGAAGAAGCUAGCGCCAAGCUUGUGGAGCUAACUAAUCACAUUUCGGAUAAGCAGAGCCAACUGGACUUGACUGAACAAAAUCUUGAGGAGAGCAACAGAAUUAGAAGAGAUCUCGAGCAAACGCUUGAAGAAAAGGAUUCUGAAAUCGAUAAAUUGAACACAGAUGUGCAUGAGAUCAAAGAAAAUAUGGCUAAUCUGUCUCAAGAACUCUCCGAGACAGUUCAAACUCUUAACAACACUGUUGCUGAAAAUGAAUCAAAGCUGCAGACAUUGAAUCAGAAACUCGCCAUUGAAGUUGAGGAGAAAACAGCUCUUCAAACCACUUUAACUGAGAAGAUUUCCAGCCUUGAGGAGAAACUCCAAGCCAAAACAGAUGAGCACGACAAACUCGUCACUGAUCUUGCUUUUUGCCAAAUGGAAUUAGAGGAGGCCAGAACGAAAAUUUCCAAGCUUAAAGUGGACGUUGAUAGCAAAAUGAAACAAGCUAAAGUGCUGGGUGUCGAAGUAUUGACAAAGGAGUGCACCAUUUCGCAGCUGAAGGAAAGGGUAGAUGAAGUGAGCAUUGCACUCGGUGAGAAGGCCAACGAACUUGAUUGCCAAACCGAAAAGUAUCUUGCAGCAAACCAUAGGGAAAUUGGCCAGCUGCGGGAGCAAGUAGAAAAGGCGAGGAUUGACACGACCAACCUUGAGUUAAUAAGGCUAUCUUCUGAGAUUGCCAGCCUGAAGUCUGACCUGACUCACGAGAGGACCAUGUUGCAAAGUACUCUAGAGGAACUUGGCUCGCACAAAGAGGAAAUUGCGAUGGCCAAGAGUAGGGAAGGAAAAUUGAAAGAAGAUGUCAUGCUCAUGAAAACGUCACUGAAUGAGGCCCGCUCUCAGUACGCACAGUUGUCCAAAGCAAAUGAUGCGCUUAGAAAUGAGCUGCAAUUGAAAGCGCAGGAAGUAGAAAGGCAGUUUAUGGCUAAAUAUGAGAAAAAGUUGGAAGACAUGAAAGCCAGGCUUGGUGAAUUUGUCAAAACUCAGGAUAAGGAGAAGAAUGCCAAACUGGCUGCCUUGGAAAGCGAGUUGAAGAGCAAGAAGAGUCUUCUGGAAAAGUUCAAGUCUCAAGUGUCUGAUUUGCAAGACCAGGUGUCUAGGCAGUCAAAGACUGUGGCCGAAGAGACUGGAAAGCGGCGCCACAUGGAAGCUCGGCUUGCAGAUCUUGAGCGGAAGCAGCUCUUUGAAAAAAUGCUGCCACCUUCUGAAGCCCCUGUGGCUCGUCAGAGUACAUCAAGCCUCGGCAAUUUUGCUGCUCCUAAGAAUCCAGCACCCCAGCCACGCACUCGAAGCCAUAACUCAAUGAGUUCAUCAAACACCAGCUCAGGUAGCACUCGACCCCUGCUCUCUGGUAUUGGAAACCUGCUUCGCAUGGAAGAUGAGGAGGGAGAACAGUUUGGCUCCAAAUUCUUGGAUGAUCUUCGCACGGGCAAGACUUCAAGCGCCUGGGAGGCGGGAAGACUAAGCGAGCUUCAGAGGAGAAACUCUCUCUACCCACAACACUUGAAAUCUUCCUACCCGAUUGAGACUCAGUUUGUAAAUGUAAAGGAGGAUGAGCUAAAGGCCCCUCCAGUUCAAAACAAUGAAAACGAUUGGCUUCUUGGAGCUGCCUCUUACGACAGCAAGAAGCAGAAAGAACGCACUCAGGGUGUCCAGACACGCUACAAGAAACCAGGCCCACCGACGCCAGGCAAAAACAACAAGGCCCCUGGGGAACUGACUCCACGGAGCAUUCUACGCGAAUGCAACACCAACUCUGCUUUGCUGGACAGCGGUGGAAAGCGCAAGAGCUCGACUCCUAGCCGCUUCAAAAUGCUUUUUAUGGGCAAGCGUUCUGCAGUAGGCCAAGACACGAGCUACGCCGACGAGCAUGCUGCACACAGGACCCCAAGAGGAACUGUUUCCCAGAUCCCAGCACCUCCUCUCCGACCAAAUAGAUGCAGAUUUGCUAACUUAGUGCUUGCGCUUAUACUCUUUAUCCUCUUUAACAAACUGAUGAGUUGGUAUUUCAGCCAAACAACCUACACUGGCUAUCAUGUAACUUGAUAUUAAUGUUUUCUUCUCAUAUCGCAUGAUCUUAUAAACAUACGAAGGUACAGUGACCUCAUUUACUUUGUAACUUCUUGCAGAACUCAACGAUCACUCCACGAAGCAAGAGGAGCAGCCUCUUUAAAAGGUUGUAAAUUUUAUCAAUGAAUUGUAUUAUUAUAAAUGAUUUAUUUUAGUCACGUGCAUUCCAAUAUAAUUUCCAUGUAAAUUUCGAUCAUGUAAAUCGGGUGAUUAAGGAGGUGAGGGAAAACAAAUAAACUUCAAUACUAUAUUAGUUCAAAA